AUGCAGUUGGCUGCCCAACCUGUACAGCUGAUGGAUUCCUAUUAUAGGAGAUUCCGUAGGCUAAAUCCACCGACAUUUGAUGGUGGAUCCGAUCCCAUGAUAGCUGAGAUCUGGAUCCGGAAAAUGGAGAAGAUGUAUAAGUUACUCCAAUUUUCCGAGGAGGUAAAAGUCAGACUAGCUAUCUUUAUGCUAAGGGGGAGUGCUGAGUCUUGGUGGACUGCUAUGGAGACAGCAUAUGAGGUCAACGGAAUGGCCUGGAGAGAUUUUAAGAGGGAAGCCAAAGAUGUUAAAGGUAUACCAGAUUGGUGGAAACCUCAUAUGCGAGAAACUUUAGAAAGAGCAGAAGAAUGCUUCAAGACAAAUUAUUAUGGCACCAGAGAUGUUACAGAAGCAUUAAUUCGCCUUCUCCGGUCAUCAAUUUUAGGAAGAAUAGUAAAUGUUUCUUCUAACCUUGGGCAACUUAGAGUUAUCUCAAUUGAAAAGCUUAAGCAAGAUCUAUCUGUUGCUGGAAUUUGGAUCCGGGGGCGACCGCUCUGUUUCCCCCCAACACUAUCAAAUGUUGAUGGCCUAACAGAAGAGAGAUUGGUCGAGCUGUUGAAUUUGUUUAUCAAAGAUUUCAAGGAGGGAUUGGUGGAUGCCCAUGGUUGGCCAACCGUUUCUUCAGCAUAUAAACCAUCCAAAGUACUUAUCAAUGCCUACACCAGGAUUCUUGCAAAGAAGUAUCCCGCCUUGUGCAUAAAUUGUGUGAAUCCUGGUUUUGUCAAAACUGACUUGAACUGGAAUACCGGGAUCCUAAGUACCAAAGAAGGUGCUGAAGGACCUGCCAUGUUAGCCUUGCAAACUGGUGCCGGUCCUUCGGGCCUUUUCUUUGAUCAAACCGAAGUGUCAACUUUUUGA